ACCGCGCGGACUCAGGGCCUACUCCUAUCGACUCGCAAUGCAAGCGUACGCAAGCUGUCGCAAUGAUGGCGUACUACGUAGUGCCCAUAAUCAAGCGGUCCCUCGUGGAUCCGAGUACCGCUUAUGACACUCAAGUGUCAGACUCGAAGUGUCGUGAGGGUCUAAUCCUUCACGACAUUGCACGGCUGAAGGAAUACGCACUCAUCGUGUUUGGAGGAGGACGUCCGUCAGUCCACGUGCCAGACAACGACGAGAACCUUGUUCCUCAUCGACGGCAGUUCUAUCGACCACAGUGCACAACUGCAGUGGAUCCGGGACGGGGUUCUCACCGCAGUCUGGCAACAGGACUGAUGGAGGGAACGGGGCAGGGAGUGGAGGGGCGGGACAGUUUGCGGACUUCACGUUGCCGCCGAACGCAAGCCGACGUACCUUGGAGAUCGUUCGUCGAGGACCAGGACGGCGCGGCGCAGCUUGGGGUGAAUGACGAGGAUGGCGCAGCGCAGCGGAGCUGUCAUCAAGCAGGACUGAAUGCAGGGAAUGGGACGGUGAACCGGGCUGUCCACUUGUGCGGGAGCUUUCUCGCAGCUGCCUGCUCGUCGGUCUCCGGUGUGACGUUCCGCCUCAUGGUACCAAUGUCUACAUCAAGGCGUGAGGAACAGCCUACCGGGACCUCGGGAAGGGAAUCGACGACCAAAAAGUCGUGGUCCGAUCAUAUGUGCGCGAAAUCGUAUGUCGAUUGGUGCUGCGGGGAUGAGAACGACCCCACAAGAGCGCCUUGCGGUCCGGUUCUAUUCGUGGAAGAUAGUAGACGCCGGAGAGUGCUUGGUUCGGUUGAGGGAUGGCAAGCGGCUAGGAGUCACGACAAGAUGUAUUUCAAGCUGCACGCGGUUUAUAAUUCGAAGGGCGGCAUCGUGGCUGCUUCCAAAGGGGUGGCCCUGUCGUGGGAUCUGUUCCAGGGGUUCGGUGCAGGGGCCUUGAGGACCCCUUUCUACACAGAGCUCGCGGCUAAAGGUCUUGUUUCCGCUAUGGAGUUCUUCAACUUGUUGGAAAAGAGAGACGUCCACCUCGAUGAACCCUGCCAGAUCUCAUGCGACCUGGCACUGUCGCAGCCUGUGCAGAUGUGCACCGGGUUCGAGUCAAAAGGUGUUCCGUCCGAGGGAGGAGAUUUGGGUUCCGGUGCUUCAUUCCAACUCCACCGCGGGGAGGAACGUGGUCACUUCGACGACAGCGAGGGGGAAGAAGAGGAGAGGACGUCGGGUUCGCCAGUUAGAGGGGGAGACUGUAGGGUGCUGAGCAUUCCGGGGGUUGAGAUAAGAACACCAGUCCAGGAGCGGCCCUCGACGUCAGCCGGGGGUCACACAAUGGGGUCGGGGGGGAGGCCUGCUGGUGUCUUGUCCGGUGGAGAAGAGGGUGAACAGCAGUCAUCGCAAAAGAGAAGGGGAGAUUCACGUGGAGACUCGGCAGCUGCAUCAAAAAAACAGAAGACAAAGGCCCCGCAGACGUCAGGGGGAAAAAGGAAGGGAGGGGAGGGGCAUGUGGGCGCUGCGAGUCACAAACGCCCAUCCUCGGCGCAGAUUCAGCCCCUGUCCGUCCUUGUGCAGCAGACGGGUCCGAUCGACGUCGAUGCGGCGUAUUUCCUUGAAUGGAAAGACGGCGUGCGCACAAAGCGAGAGAUACCCGUUAACCCGUCGCAAGUCGUCGACAUCGGGGAGUGGGAAGCGGGGUACAACCAGCGUUCCUUGGAUCCGGUGCAUACACAGCUGAUCAUCGACUCGAUGACGACGGCCUACUCGCAGGCCUCGAAGACUUACGAGCUGCCCACACUGAAGUUGGCGCCGUUGGGGCUGGAGAAACCGAAGCCGUGGGUGCGUGCACAGCGUCUGAAGCCCGAGGACUGGAAGGACGAGCUGGCGGGCCAAUACUACUACUACGCUGUUGCCGGCCAGCAUAACGAGGCCGCCGCCAGGACGCUGCUUGGCACAGACGUGGCGUUAAGGUACAACUUCGAGAGGUGGCCUGCGCGAAUGGUGUACUUCUCCGACGCGGACUUCGAAGGGUAUUUUCUGGUCAGCGCUGAGGAUAACAAGAAGUACCUGAAGGCGCCUCCCCGACAAUCGAAAUUGUUGAUGAAGGACAUCCGGUGGUGCUGGAAGGAUAAGGGUUACCCCAGAGCUACCGGCUCCUCUGCGUUGGCAAAGCAAGGGAAGCUGGGGAUGCAAGAGGCAGUGCAUCUGGUGAAGUGCGACCUCAUCUUGGUGCGGUUAUGGAACUACUACCAGUUCAAGUAUGAGAAUCGGUCCGACUCCGAUUGGACGCGUUCGUAUCCCUUCCUGCGAAAAAGAGAGGCGAUUUUGGCGCAGUUCAAAAGCCAGGGACUGGAUGCAGCAUUGUGGGACGGAAGCAGGAAACUCGUUGGAGACUCAUCGUUCUUUAGAGACUAUCCCCCGUUCAUGGGCUGUGAGGACGACAAGUCGAUCAAGGCGACGGAAAAACUGGUUGUUAACAAGAAGUUGUCCAUCGACUGGAAGAACAAGGUCCUUUCCAUGCUGACCGACAGCAGGUCGAAGAGCAUGGAUGUCGCGCUCACCGAAGGCAUGGUGCACAUUCGCUUGGAGGCGGGUGAUGCUGCUGCUGUGGGGGCACAUGUCAAAGUCACACCGACGGACGUCUCGGAGAUGUCGUUCGAGCCUUGUGAAUGGCCCCUGGUCAUACCUGGCCGUGACCGCAAAGUUUACAAGGACAUGGAACGGAACCCUGCGCAGUUGGCCCAUCUGCUGGAAUUCGUGUGCAAAAAGGGGGAGGGUGUCAUGUUUCUCGGGAAGGCGCACGCGCAAGUCGUGUGGGAGGCUUUGAAGGGUGGUCGCAACGUCAUUGCGUUGGAGGGGAAUUCGGAGUUGCUGCAAUACACGUUGGAUUUCUUGAAAGGCGCGGUCAACUCGGGAGACCACCGCUGCGAGUUCAUUUCGAGGACGGACAAACCGCGACGCGCUUGGGAGUCGUCCACGGACAUGUGCUUCAAACUAAGCGAGAGGAAAAGGGACAGGAUAUACGAGUUCCUCUUCCUGGAGACGCGGCCCAGGAGGGACAGUGACCCUGAGUAUAUUCGACGCAAGGAGCACAUGUUGGUGUUGCUGGACAACUACCACGGCGCCUCGCGUUUGAAUGCGAAGAACUUCCUGGACCGGCUGGAGUGUUUGUACUUUGUCGAGUCGGAGCAGGAGCUCCGGGUCGCGAGUUACAGUGCAUUGAUUGACACAGACGAACAGGCAACAACCGGAGUCGUUUUCGAUGGCAGCAAAUCGGCUAAGUUCGCCGACAUCCGAACUUCUCAGAAUGUGGAGCCGCCGCCUUUGGACGUUGCGAAGUCCGUCGGCGUCCGCGCUGCAUCCACUACACAUUGGUCGGCCAUCCCCUCGACGACUGAAUUCGCCGCUUCCGUUGGCACCGGGAGAGGCUCGAGUGCCGGUGUUCCGAUCACCGGCGUCAAGUACAAGUUUGCCGCCAUCCGGACGAAGCCUCCUGAGGUACACCAUGGGGAGCCCGUCCUGCGCAGCGCCACAGGAGCAGAAGUGUCGGAAACGGGUGCCAAAAUGAAGUCCGCCGGAAUCCGCACUUCGGUUUCGUCCGGUGCGACGUCCGACGACUUUCCUACGCGGCAGGGGACUGCAUCGGCCGUCAGAGACGGGCAGCCUGCAGAGUUCAAUGCACGGUUGGAUAGCGGGGCGCCGUCUGUGCUCUGCAAUUUGAACUCCGCCGGUAUCAGAACUUGCUGGGGAACGGACCUGCAGUCAGAGGUCGUCGGGCGGGCGGAAGAUGAGAUGUGUGCGGGGGCAGAGGACUUGUCGACAGGAGUCGACGCGGGGCCGGUGGGAGGAGCUGAUAUGCGCGAGAGGGAUGGGGGGGAGGAAUGGGUACAAGUGGAGGACAACCAAGAAGAAUUUGAAUGGAAAGAAGGUGGGGGAGGAGGGAGGACGAACGACCAAAGGGUGGAGAAGAUGUUGGCUGCGUUGAGUCGUCUGACUCGUUCGGACACUUGUACACGAUGCAAUGUGGAGGUGAUGUCGACGACGAAGCGACGACGAUGGAAAUGGAGACUCAGAGCACGUGGAGCCUUGGGGGGGAUUUUUGAUAACACGAUUGCGCCUCGAGUCUUGACGGUUAUGGGUGACAUAUCCCAAGGCUUGGUGCCACCUCAUCAUGUUCUAUCCACUUUCGAUGAAGGUCAAGUGAGAAUCACAGCUAAAGAUCUGCUCACCGUCUUGCUUGUCGAUGGGAAGCUCAACGAUGAGGUGGUGAAUUUCUACAUGGCGCUUUUGGGGUCGACUGCAUGCAUGACACGUCAAACAUCAUCAGGCCUUCGAGUCUUCAGCUUCAGCUUCAGUUCUUUCUUCUUCAGUAAGCUGCAACUUCAUGGACACGGUGGGGUGGAAAGGCGGGCUAAGAAUGUAGAUCUGCUUCACUUCGAUAUGAUCUUCGUUCCGGUGCACAAAGACAAUGAUCACUGGAUCCUCCUUUCCAUCAAUUUGAGGGACAAUGUCUUCGAGAUUCUCGACUCCUGUCCUCGCGUUAUAGCAGAUUCGCGUUUCUACCUUAGUGUUUUCGAGUUUGAUUGUACAGUACUUAGAACAUCAUACCUCACAUGGCCGCUCGCCGAGGAGUUGGGAGUCUAUGGUGGGGAACGUUGUUGUGGAAGGAGUUCCGAGACAAGUUGACGAAGCUAGUUGUGGGGUGUUCAUGUUGACGUUUGCAACGCUGUUGCAACGCGGUGAUCGACCACU